AUGGAGAACAACCCCAAUCAAGCAGCUCGAACGAGGCCCGUUUAUGACGCCUCUCAAGGCGGUCAUUAUGGUGCCAGCGCUUUGCUCGCGACCCAAGGUUUUGCGCCCAGUGAACUUUACACCGGUCCAUGGGCAAAUGCGCAUCAAGGCCUAACAGGCCAGUAUAAGGACAUCUUGACUACAUACUGGCAACACACCAUCUCCCACCUCGAAAACGACAGCCACGACUACAAGCUCCAUCAGCUACCUCUGGCGCGCAUCAAGAAAGUCAUGAAGGCCGAUCCAGAGGUCAAGAUGAUAUCUGCCGAGGCCCCAAUCUUGUUCGCAAAGGGUUGCGACAUCUUCAUCACAGAGUUGACCAUGAGGGCAUGGAUUCACGCCGAGGAGAAUAAGCGCCGUACUCUGCAACGUUCAGAUAUCGCAUCUGCCCUCGCAAAAUCGGACAUGUUCGACUUUCUGAUUGACAUUGUCCCCCGGGAAGAAGCAUCCAGUCACGCCAAGCGGACGACCCAGACUGCAGCUGCUCAACCGGUACCUGCUGGUCAGGCUCCAAUGCCAGGACAACACGCGAUGGCUCAGGCUCCCAACCAAGGCCAUCCAAUGGGUGGUGAUUACAUGGCUGGGCAUGGCCUCGCUCCCGAUCAAGAUUACCGCAACCAGCCCAACAUGUAUCCCGACCAAUCAGUGCCUAACCCCCAGGCCGCCUACGGCCAGACCCAACCUCCUACCAUGAAUCCGUACGGUAACAUGGGAGACAUGUAUCCCUACUCAGCCAUGCCACCACAGCAACCAAACAUGCCCAACGAGGAAUUUGAGCAGUAG